UCCUCAUCAGAAGUUAUAUAAAAAAAAAAAACUCAAAAGCAAGAAACGAAACCGAAUCAGAUUCUCUAUAAUCCGAAAAAAAAUGUCGAUGAUUCCAAGCUUCUUCAACAACAACAACAACAGACGAAGCAACAACUUCUACGAUCCAUUCUCACUAGAGGCAUGGGAUCCUUUCAGAGAGCUAACACUAACAACACCAUCUUCUUCACUUCUUUCCCGAGAUAACUCAGCCAUCGUGAACGCACGUGUCGACUGGAGAGAGACGCCGGAGGCUCACGUGUUCAAAGCCGACUUGCCUGGACUGAAGAAAGAAGAAGUGAAAGUCGAGAUCGAGGAAGACAAGAGUGUUUUAAAGAUCAGCGGAGAGAGACACGUGGAGAAGGAAGACAAGAACGACACGUGGCACCGUGUCGAGAGGUCGAGCGGACAGUUUACUAGGAGGUUUAGGUUGCCUGAGAAUGUGAAGAUGGAUCAGAUCAACGCUGCUAUGGAGAAUGGUGUUUUGACUGUUACUGUGCCUAAAGCUGAGACGAACAAGGCUGAUGUGACGCGGUCUAUUCAGAUUACUGGCUGAUCAAAGAGCUUUGAGUGUGUGAUUAAGUCUAUCCAAAAUUAGAAUAAACCACUAAUCAGCUUGAGCUGUGAUGUAUCUAAUUAAUAAAGUAUUGUAACGUUUCGUAUAAGUUUAUUAAAAUGGUUUAACUAGACAAA